AUGAAGUCCUUCGGGUGUCGCAGCUCGCCUGCACAGCAGCAGCAGCAGCAGCAACAGCAGCAGCAGCAGCAGCAACAGCAGCAGCAACAGGAGCACAAUAGCGCAGCAACAGCAGCAACAGCGGUAGAAGCAGCAGCAGCAGCAACAGCGGCAGAAGCAGCAGCAGAAGCAACAGCAGCAGCAGCAACAGCAGCAAUAAAAGAAGAAAAAGAGGAAAAUGGAAAAGUAAAAGUCUUACAGGUAAAGGCCGCCUGCAGCAGCGCCAAAGAGCGGAAGCAACUUUUGGGGUCGGGGGCUUCUUUCAAAAUUCCCUUUUGA